UGUAAGAUGUGUAAAUUUUCACUGUCACGUAUUAAACAAGAUGCAAUUUUGAGAUGUAGGGGUACGUGUGAGGUACUUUUCACAAAAAAUGGGCAACAAAACUUAAAGCAUUCGGUGAAACUGGGAUGUGCGACGAAUGUCAAAUAUCAUCGUUUAAAAGACCUUUAUUGACAUUGAUCUCUCGAAGACCACGCCUGAAAAACUAGUAGCCGAAUUAAAUGAGAAAUUGGCCAUAGUAUUUAACAUGAAAAACACUUUACAGACUAUAUCUGAAGAAAUAAGUUUUUAUUCUGAAAAAUACCAAGAAUUAUUCGAGGAAAAGGAGAAAACAGAUAAAAAAAUAAAAUCAUUAGAUUACAAAAGCAGACAAACGGGGGGCAAUAUAAAAGCGCUAGAAGAAAGAAUAGUCUUUUUAGAAAAUCGUGAUAAAUCAAAGAAUAUAGAAAUAAUAGUAUUACAAGAACAUGAAAAUACAGGGUUUAUAAUAAUAAAAAUAGCCACUAAAUUAAAAAUUGACCCAGAAACUGUAAUCGACGCGAAGAACAACAAAAAAAAACUAUUGAUUUGCGUCCAGCCGGUGUCAGAGCAUGACGUCCAUAUAAACGCAAGUCACCAUACGUAACUGCACAAAAUAUUUUGCUUAGGAUUAAAGAAUCUAAAAGAAACCUAAAAGAAAUUUGAAAUAAUAGGCCUUAUAUUUUUUUUCUUUAACUGCCUAAUACAUAUUAUACAUGUGUAUGCAAACGAAUUAAAUUCAACGAUCAUUCGGAAUCUAUAAAAUGUAGUAUAAAAUACAGAAAAUACACAGACAUACAGUCGUGGCAAGAAGAUUUAGAAAAACCGCACAGGAAUUUUAAUGUUGUUCAUUAGAAUAUAAGAUCCAUGAGAAAGUACUUUGAUCAAUUUCAAAUAUUAAUUAGUAGAUGUAAGGAAAAACUGGAUUCAUUGCGUUGAGUGAAAUAAAUAUAAAGCAAAAUGAAGUGUUUAUAUUAAUUAGAAGGAUUUAAUAUGUAUGUUAAAGUAAGAAAAGGUACUUCUGGUGGAGGAUUACUUUUCUAUAUCAAUAAUAAAUUAAAUUUCUUUGAAAUAUCAGUGAAUAUAGGCCACCGAAUACAAAUAAAUACAGAUUCCUAGAAGAAGUGCAGCGUAUAUUAACCACAAUUCCAAUGGGUUGUGAGAUGAUAAUAGUGGGUGACAUAAACAUUGAUUUGUUGUGCCAAGCAGGUUUUAAUAGUGUCAUAAACCAGUAUCAGAAUAACAUGAGUGAAUUAGGUAUGGACUGUGCUAUAAGGGAUGUAACGAAGGAAGAAAUAUAUGGCGAUAUUGUUACACGUACCUGUGUCGACCAUGCAUGGAUUCGAACCCAGCGUAUGUGUUACGGACACGUACUGACCAAUAAGUUGUCAGAUAAUUACCGGCGUCAGCCUUUCAAAGAGUUCAGAUAGAACGGGUAAGCGGACUGUUGUUGUAUUGUCUGAUACAAAUAUAGUGGGACAACUUGAAGCUGUAUUGUGGUCUUAGUUAUUGGAAUGUACAUGCCCACAGCAGUUAUAUGAUAAAUUGUAUUUGAUUUUUUGAAGGGUAUAUGAAAGUGCAAAAAUUGAUAUUUUGAAAAAUAAAUAAAAGAUGAAGUAAACCCUGGAUAACAAAUAAAUUAAGACUUAUGAUUCAUACUAGAGGUAAAAUGUUUAGGAGCUGUAAAAGUAAUCUAAAUACGAGUUUGUUUGGGUACAGUAUAAUAUAUAUAGAAAUUUAGUACAUAAAUAUAUAUAAUAUUUGGCAAAAAGAAAGCAGGAGGAAAUCAAACAGUGCAAUAAUGAUAUUAAAAUAUGGACAAAAUUAAACUCAUGGACUGGACAGGUAAAAAAGUCUUUAGAUUCGAAUAUUAUUAAGUAUUUAGGCAAAACAGAUAGUGUUAAAAAUAUUUGUAAUAAAUUUUCAGCUGAAUUCACUAAAUAAAUCUUGGAUAUUAAACAGGUGUGUGGACUAAAAUUACUAUGUAAUUCGACCUACAGGUCGAAAUAUGUGCAAACUGCAGAGGUGUUUAAGACGGUUUUAAGGUAUUGACGAGCAUGUCCGAAUGAUAUAGAAAAAGAUAUUAAAAAAAUAAUUUUAAAUAAAUCGCUGGGAGAAGAUAACAUUAGAGCAAAAGAAAUAAAAUUAUUGAGUUAUAAAAUGUACACAAAACUUUAUAGAAAACGUAAUCUAUGCAAAAUUCUUUGAAAGAAACGUUAGCGCUGAUUACUUAAGAAUAAACGCAAUUUAGUAUAGCAAAGCUUAAAUUUCUUACUACAUUUUAUUUUAAAACUCAAUCUUGAGCAAAACAGUUCAAAAUAUAUAAAAACAUUUUUCCAUUAGAACAAUUUAAAAACAAAAAUUAAAUAUUUUGUUUCGUUAUAAAUUACAUAAACACCAAUUUUCAUCGCUAUGUAAUUUAAUAUUUGUAAAUAAUAUGAGAUACAUUUAUAAGUGACAAGUGAAACAAUGGUUGCUAGGGUAAUAUUUCAAUUCUCCAUAAAAACUUC